AUGCGAGGAAUCUUAUCUAAUUUGAAAAAAAUAUUCGUAAGUAAUGCGAAGCGAUAUUUUCGCACGAGCUAUCGUUUAUGUGAUGAAAAUAGUACGGAUAAUGACGAUAUCGGUAACCCUUUUUGUCUCAAACCGAUCGAAUAUGAGAGCCAUACCUUGAGGAAACAUGACAAUUUAAAGCGUCAACGUCUUUAUGAGUUCGGCUUGUAUGUUGCCGCUUGCAUGCCUAAAUACGUACAAAAGAUCCAAAUGCAGCACACUGACGAGCUGGAAAUUUUGAUUGCGCCUGAAGGCUUUCAUCCCGUUCUAACAUUCAUGGCUUAUCAUCAGAAUGCUUGCUUUAAUCAAUGCUCUUUGGCGACUGCGAUCGAUGUGCCGAGUAGAGAAUAUAGAUUCGAAGUAGUAUAUAAUCUCCUCAGCUUACGAUACGGCGAGCGUGCAAGGGUAAAAACCUAUACAGAUGAAGUCACUCCUUUGCAUUCGGCUGUUAGCUUGUGGGGUAAUUGUAACUGGUUGGAGAGAGAAAUGUAUGACAUGUUCGGAAUCAUUUUCACUAACCACCCAGAUCUACGAAGAAUUUUAACGGAUUACGGCUUUCAAGGGCAUCCUCUCAGGAAAGACUUCCCGCUUACUGGUUACACAGAAGUAAGAUAUGAUGACGAACUGAAAAAAAUAGUAUACGAACCGGUAGAAUUCGCUCAGGAGAUGCGUGAUUUUCAACUUCAAUCUCCGUGGAGUUAUUUGAAAAACUUCCACGAAGGAUAUAAUAAUCCUCCAACUGAAAAAAAGAAAUAG